ACGCCGCGCUAGGCCCUGUGACGUCAGCCGCUCCCCUGCGCUCCCUCUAGCAGCCAGUCAGAGAAGGGAUGCUCUGAACGCAAGACUGCAGCAUCUUCACCGAGAGAACGAGCAGGAAAAACCGUCUCUUUCUCCUCCAGCUCCACGUCUCCGGACCCUCCUCACCCUCCGUCACCCCUGGGUGUCUUCACCAUCGGAACAGGACAGAAAGAAUUAAUAAUAGCCUACAAAUCGGAUUUUUUUUGUAUUCAUAUUAUUAUUGCUUCAUCGAGCUGUCCGCUCUGUCUUGGGCUGAUUCGCCUCUUUGUCCCUCGCUUGUGUGUUUAGUUUUCUUUUAUUUAUUGUUCCGUCUUCGGCUGUUGCGGAGGAGCGCCACCAUCCUGCACUGCCUGACAUGAGAAGGCUCUUUUACCCUGUAACAGCGGAAUGACACACAUAUCCUAGCCCGCAUAUCAAGCUUGAUGGAAGAUUGACGCUCCGUUUGCACGUUUUUAGUAGCCUAGAUCACCCUCCAUCCGCAGAGGUUUCGGAUUUGUCCUCCUCUGAGCCGAUCGUCCAGCAGCGUCUCUUUCUUUCUCUCCCUGCGCAGCAUCUCUGUACGCACAGCGCACCACGGAGACACGCAGCUAACGUCCUCCGUCCGUAAGAAAUAAGCGUAUUUUCAGAUUCCGAAAUCGCUUUCGCCUUCUCCAAAGACUCAUCUGCACGGCUACGCUGCGUAAAAACACGGGAAAAGGGGGGAUUUAAACGCAAACGCAGCCCAAGCAUCCAAGAGCAAGCUCGAAAAUGAUGGCCGGCGGAGCAGUACAGCAAAACGGGAUUUUCUCAAAUCCUCACCAUCACAAUCAGCAACCACACAUGGAGUCCGAUCCCCCGGACUCGCGUAAAAGACCCUUGGAGACUCCCACGGAGGCCAGCAGCACCAAACGCACAAACACGGGAGUGGCCUUCCUGCAGCCCCUUUUUGAAACUGAAGGCAUUGUAUUCCCUCACCAAGAAACUGAGACUCAUGAGGAAGGCGAGUACUUCCUGAAGGUUUUGAUUCCCAGCUAUGCGGCGGGGUCGAUCAUCGGGAAGGGAGGUCAGACCAUCGUUCAGCUGCAGAAAGAGACCGGAGCCACCAUCAAGCUGUCCAAAUCCAAAGACUUCUACCCCGGAACGACAGAGCGGGUGUGCCUGAUUCAGGGGACGGUGGAGGCGCUGAACGGCGUCCAUGACUUCAUCGCUGAGAAGGUGAGGGAGAUGCCUCAGAGCACCCAGAAGACAGAGCCAGUCAGCAUCCUGCAGCCGCAGACCACCGUCAACCCAGACCGCGUCAAACAGGCCAAGCUGAUCGUUCCCAACAGUACAGCGGGGCUGAUCAUCGGUAAAGGCGGAGCUACAGUCAAGGCCGUGAUGGAGCAGUCUGGGGCGUGGGUCCAGCUAUCCCAGAAGCCCGAGGGCAUCAACCUGCAGGAACGAGUCGUCACCAUCAGCGGAGAGCCCGAGCAGAACCGCAAAGCUGUGGAGAUCAUCGUACAGAAGAUCCAGGAGGAUCCACAGAGCUCCUCAUGCCUCAACAUCUCCUACUCCAACAUCACCGGGCCUGUUGCCAACUCCAACCCUACUGGCUCUCCGUACGCCAACUCCACUGAGGUCAUGCCGGCUGCGGCAGCCGCUGCAGCAGCCACAGCUUCAUCUCUGCUGGGUCAGGCCGGUCUGGCGGGGGUUGGAGCGUUUCCGACCACCAUGUCCAGCCUCUCAGGCAACGAUCUGCUCGCCAUCACCUCCGCCCUCAACACUCUGGCCAGCUAUGGCUACAACACCAACUCCCUGGGCCUGGGCCUGAACCCCGCUGCAGCCUCAGGUGUGUUAGCGGCUGUAGCAGCUAAUGCUAACCCAGCAGCGGCGGCUGCAGCUAACUUGUUAGCAUCUUAUGCUAGCGAUGCAUCCACCAGCGCAGCUCACCCAGCAGCCAGUCUGGGAGGCUUUUCCCUGGGGUCUCUGGCUGCAGCCACAGGGGCAACAAACGGCUACUUGAGCGCCGCAUCGCCACUGGUGGCGUCAUCUCUACUGGCUACAGAGAAGCUCGCAGAAGGAGCGAAGGAAGUGGUCGAAAUCGCCGUGCCAGAAAACCUGGUGGGAGCCAUCUUGGGGAAAGGAGGAAAGACGCUAGUGGAGUACCAGGAGCUGACCGGUGCCAGGAUCCAGAUCUCCAAGAAAGGCGAGUUCAUCCCGGGAACUCGGAACAGGAAGGUGACCAUCACGGGUUCCCAGGCCGCCACACAGGCCGCACAGUACCUGAUCAGCCAGCGAAUCACCUACGAGCAGGGGGUACGCGCCACCAACCCACAGAAGGUGGGCUAAACCUGACAGCCAAUGAGAAACGAGGAGGAAAAGAGGAAAAAAGAGUGGGGGCUCGGGGGAGGAGUUUAAAAAAAAGUGAGAGUGAGAAUGGAAAAGGAGAGGAGAGCAAGAAUGUCAGAAGGAAUCGUCCUCGCCGUUUUCUUCUGCGUGUUUUCAGUAUUCUCUAUUAAAAAAAAAGUUUUUUGACGCGGAGCAAAAAUGUGCUGAGAAGACGAGGAGGGAGAGGAGCGAAUUAUCACGCUGAAAAACCAAGAAAAAAAUGUGUAACAUGUAAAUAAGUUUUAUUACUUAACGUCUUGACCUUUUGGGAUUUUUUAUUGUUUUGUUUCUUGUUUUGUUUUGUUUAGUAAAUUAAGCUGUUUGUUUGUUUGUUUGUGUAUUGUGUGGACAAAGCUGAAUGCCAUGUAGACAGGCUGACUGCCUGAGAGGCUACAGGAAGUGGGGGGAGGGAGGGAAGGGCACGGGUGCUGAGGGGAGGAGGGUUUUACUGGGUACAACCUUCCACCUCUCUAACCCAAGAGCUGCCCCCUCCCUCCCCCUGCAGCCCAAACACACCUACCGCCCUCCUGUAGGGUUUUUGUUUCUCUUCUAGAUUUGAUUUGCCCCUCAGCCCCUCAGCCCCUCGCCCCGCCUCCCCUCUAAGCCCCUCUCACUACUUCCCCCACCUUUAAACCCUAUUUUUAAGGUUUUAUAAAGCGCAAGACUGCAAACUUCAGCCUGGUGUGUGAGAGAAAAAACGCCCUAUACUCCCCCAUUAUGAUCUCACCUCUUCGCCCUCCUCUCAGAGGAGGAGGGGUGAAAUCAGGGAGAGAAUCAGCUGGGCGUUUCUUCAUUUGCAUACCCCUCCUGAAUACCCUGUGAUGUAUCCCACAAGCAGUGCAGCGCCGCAGGGGUGUCAGCGCCCCCCAUACGCAGCUCUAAUGUUUGAGAUAGAAAGCCCCGGCGCACGCUGAUGACCUCACGUAGUGCGAAACCUAGAAAACGACGAGAGUGAUACUGUGCAAGCUGCGGCAAACACGCAGGAUCUGUGGCAUUUUCUGCAGUCUGCUGUGAUAAUUCUGUUAAUGAUUUUGUCCUGAUUAUUUGGAUAGGAAUCAUCACCAUCGUCAUUAUUUAUUAAUGAGUUCACCCAUAAAAAGCUCAGUUAUUUCUUUUUUAUCUGUGAAUUCAGGUUGACAUGAAUGUAAAUGAGACUAUUUUUUGAUUUUGUUUUUAAUUUAAGUGGAUUGAAGAUGAAUAGUAAUGUCACAUAGUGUAAUAUAUGUCUUAUUUAAGUCCAGUAAGAAAGCCGCCCCAGGCAUUAAGACCAUUAGAGUGAAGGAUCACCUCAUAUAUAUAUCCAGUCAGAGAGCAGACCAGGGAACACAUGCACAUACAUGUACACUAAACACACUAUGAUGCCAUAUUUGGUGCUAGAAAAGGGAAUUCUCCAUAUCUAUGAUGCAGACUGCAGUGAGACCUCGAUUUUAGUGAGAAACUCUGUAAACCACUCACACUACAGGCUGCUGUGCAGCGUUUUAGCAGCUAUAUUAACCUGAACCCCCCUCUUAUCACGCUAAGCUAACAGUGCUAAUGCUGCAAAUAUCCCUGCUGUUCAAUAUCUGUAGUGAAGCGCCCUGUUACAGUUUGCCUAUGAUGAAAAAUUGUUACUGAAAUGAAUUGAGCUGAGCUGAGACUCACAUGAACUGCUACAGCCUGUGGUCUGCAAACCUUCACAUGAACCAGAUCAAGUUAGAGCACUUAAGAUUACUACUGAAAAAUGCAGAGGAAACACUGAAAACUUGACAAGGGAGCAUUGUUUGUCCGGGGUGCACUGCUAAAUCUGCAAACCUCGCUGGUAGAUUAUCAGGCAUAUCAGUCAGUGAGAUAAACAUCCUAGCUGAUAUCAAACAUCCGUCCGCCUGCCAUUCAGGUAAAGGGCAGACAGGAGAGAUUUCCAACAUACGUCCAGAGAGCUGAGCUGCCUCCGGCAACAGGUUCACUGCCCACUGUAGACCCAGGAGGCUGCUGAAGAUGUUUUCUUUGUUGUUAUUUUUUGUUUGUGUCGUGUAUUGUUUUUUUUUUUGUUUUUUUUACAAUCGGAGUACACUGAAUUUUUGUCUUAAUGCACUGUGAAGCGAGGAAGCGGCUCUCUUGGCCUGUGAGGUCAGGGACGUGUGCUGUAGUGAUUGGACGGCUUUUGUAUGGCAGGGAUUUUAAAAAAAAACACACAUAUAUAUGAAAUACAUGUAGAAUGCAUAUGAAGAACUUCACCAGAAAUGCACGUAUCAUUUAUGUGAAUACUGAAGGAGGAGACAGAGAGUAGGUCGAUGAAGAGGAUCAAUCAAUGAGGUCAAGAGCUGAGAUCAAUUUGAUUCUUCUUUCCUGUUGUGCUGAUAAAGUGUUGUGUAAUGAGAGGGUGGGAUGUUGGGGGAGUGUUAGGUGUCCAGAAGCAGAUUAAAGAGACUGCAACAAAUUCUAAAUUCACUUUUCUAUCGCAGCUGUGUCUUUUUCAUAAAUUGAUAAUGUACUGUACAUCCAAUGGGCCUAUCCUGGACACAAACUCCAACAGGAGUCCAAGUGUGAUGUUACCAAAAAAAGAGGAGGGGGUGCAUUUGAUUUGUUGACCUAAACAGCCUGGUGAGGGGAGGAAACUCCUCAAAGAUAAAAGAAUAAAGUCUUUGAUUCUUUCUAAACUAAUCCGACCCAAAAAUCCUCCGAAUGUGUCACUCUGUGUUGGAGCGCCAGUGAGGGUUUAUCUCCACAGCUUGGUAAGGAGGCUUCUUUACUCCCAUCUAACACCAUCCACACUCUCCUCACCCUCCCUCCCACCCGUCCUCCAGUGCACUCCCAUCCUGACACCCCCUCUCCUCCUACCACAUCGCUCCAUGGGUGACUAUGUCUGGUGUUACGAUCAAUGCAUGUCUGCUGCUUGCCCUGACAAACACCACAGAUUGAGUCUCGGUUCUUUUGGGCUCAGAGACGCUCCCGGUGCAGAAAUCAAGCACACCUGCAGAGGACAUCGUAGCUGAGGCAGCAGGGCACACUCGUAUUGUGUAGUUUAAUUUGUGACACUUUAGUGUGUAAGGCUUAUUUGGAAAACCUUGCUGCACAGACAUGAAACAUACACAUAUCGUUAGGGAAUAUUUUAGCGUUGAUGGGGUUUGACUGGAGUUCUGUUUGAUAGUUUGUGGCAGAAACCUCAGAAGACCAGAGGAAGGUAGUGUGCUUUUGUUCCACUGAUGAAAUGUACUGUGCUGUAAGCAUUUGUGCUGUAGACAUUUCCCUCUUUAUGGCUGUUAUUCUACUGCUUAUUUACCUGUUAUUCAGGAAAAAAAUUAAGGUUUUCCUGCAUUUAUCUGAUACUGUUGAUCAAAUUGAUGAUUUUGAAUUUAAGUCAUAAGAGCUUGAAAUAACAGUUUUGCGCAGCUGUCAUUGGGUCGUUUGUGCUCCUUAAGGACAUGCUUUGCAUCCUGGAAAGCCAUAAGGUGCAGAAUUGUUUAACUAGCACAGUCAGUUUGUUGUCCAAUAUGUUCAAAAAAGUGUAAUUGCAAACUUAAGCCUGGUUCACACUCUAAGACAAUGGUGCUGAUUUUCGGCCCAAUUCCGACCAAAGUCAGCUCAAUCUGGUGAUUCAAAGUGGCUCAGUUUGGAUAGUUUAACUUCCUGUGUUAGCAGACCCCUGAAUGCCCAGUAAUUUGGGCUCAUCAUAAAUAAUCCUAGCUAUCCUCCUUGCUAACACUUGACUUUGUGAGUGAUUUUUACCCCCUUUUUUCUGUUCAGAAGACGGUCUGGAGCUAUCUCAACUUGAGAUCUUAAAUAUUACAUAUGAUCAGUAUUUAUGAUCAGAAAUCCUGUUGUGUGGCAGGAUAUCAGAGCAGGCAUAAACAGGAUUAUUAUGUUGAACAAUAGCCAAUCAGGAAGCAAGGAGGAAGCACAACAAAACAACAAACACACUUGAGGCAUAUAUGGAUAUCAGAAAUACUGAAGAAAAACAACUCUUUGAUUUUUAACAACUUCUUGUUUUGUGGCGACAACAGAAGUGUUUAUUCUAAAGAAUAUUUGACCGAGUUUCUUGUGGUGUGAGGUGUGUUUAGAGUGAUUUACUCUCUGAUCUGCUCAGAGGAGCUGCUCCGACUUGAGACCAUAAUAAUUGAAUAUGGUCAGUGUUUACGAUCAAAAAUCCUGUUGUGUGGCAGGUUAUCAGAGCAGGGGUUUUUGUGGCAAUUUUGGAAGCGAGUUAAUCAAAGGAGGAAGCACAACAAACACAGCCAUGGUGAUGAUAAUAAACAUGAGGCAUGAAAUUAGAUAGAUGUCAGAAAUAGAGAAGCAACUUGUUGAUUUUUGACAACUUCUUGAUUUUUGGUGAAAUCACAACAUGCGUAGAUAACCUGUAAAACCUACUCCAAUCCAACAGAAAAAAAGAACUGCUACUGCAACUGUUUAAGCAGGUAGCUACAAGCUUGGCACAUUAAGCUUGUUUACUCCAGUGUCUUGCAAGUGAAGACUCUGAUUAUUAGUGAUUAACACUCGAACAAAACAAAACUGUUCAAUCUGUCAUUAUUUGUCACCAUGUGUAGAGUCUCUUACUCUUAGAGUGUGCCAGGCUUUACUUUGCACAGCACAGUACAUUUAGCGUGGAAUAACUGCGGUGAAAUCCCUAUUCUAGUUGCCAGCUUUGCAGACGGAUACAAGACGGAUUUCUUCAUCUCAUUUAUUCAAACUUGAGUAAGAUUUUUCCUGGUUCGUCUUCUACAAACAGCCAGUCUCUUUAGUUACCUUACUGUUAGGGGGGUUUCGAGAUAAAAUGUGACGAGUACUGGAAGCAAUACACGUAGUGGCAUGUCAUCUUGUCCUGUCCUUUAUCUUCUGUCUGCCGUAGGAGCUUUUGGAUUUAUCUGUAGAUAUUGAAUAGGUUUACACAGGUCAAGUUUUUUUAAUUUGUGGAAAAUGCUGCUAUUUAAUAAUAACUGAUGUACUAAAACUACAAGGUUAAAACAUAUCGAAACCUGUCCUUUAGCUGACGUCUCAAGUGGCAGUGUAAUACACGCUCAGUUAUAAGCUGAAGAUAAGUUAAUAAUAGUGUAAUUCUAACCUGAACAAGUUAAACCUGUGCCAAAAUAGGUCUUUAAAUGUGUUGGUUUCAACCACAUUAGAUAAGAGGAGACAUACUUUUAUAUUCAGAAAAUGUGAAAAGUGCCAAAUGAAGCAUAUUUAUAAUUUACAUAUGAAGGAAGUAGUCCAUGUGACGGUUUAUAAAACUCUGCAGACUAAUGGUGGCGUCGCCUCGGUUUGUUUCCGCCCUUUCUGCUCCUGCCACAUGACGAGGGACCGCCAUGUUAGCCAAGUGUUAGCCAGUCGGCACUAUGACUCUGGGGCUAGACAAAUCAAUAUAGUGAUAGGUUAGCAUAACAAUGCUAAAAAUGUGACUUGAUAGCAUUCUUAAAUACAGCCUUUUAUAGUUAGAAUGAAGAUGUAUUUUGUGGAAAUAGAUGUUAUCUUUUUUGCACGUCUAUAUUGCAUGAUAUCAAAGUGAAGCGUGAACAAAAAAAAAGCAAAGAAACAAAAGAAGCUAAAAAAAAUUAGGCAGUGUGUGUCAUUCAUUUUGGAGACAAAUCUUUGCAUGCCAAUAAGGGUAGAGCAUUUUGAUAUUGUUUUACACACGUUCAAAUGUUCGUUGUUUCUUCGAUAAGUCCUGGUGAACAAAAUGUUUCACUACAGAAUAAGUAUUUUGUCUUUGAGUUGUCUGAUCAUCCUCUAAGGGAUAAAACUCUCGAACAAACCUAAGAAUAUUUUGCUACUUGCUGAGUGAGCUUGUGCUAAACAUUCUCAGUUGCUGCCUAACUUUAGAGAGAAAAACAUCAGGAUUUAAUUUACAAUGAAGACUGAGAUUGUCCAUGAAUGUACUCACCUCUGCAUAAGUUUGCAUAUCACUCCUCUGACCAUGACGUGCAGUAGAGGCUUUGGUGUCUUUACGUGUCUUUUUGUAUUCUAACAUUACUAACCCUUGAUACGCUGUCUCCAGAUCUGAGUUGUGUCUGUCUUUGACCCCCCCAUGCUCACAGCUCUGGCCUGUCUUGUCCUUGAUAUGCACCUUAUUGACCUCAAAUAUGGCAUGGAGCAUCCACAGCCCUGCCUGCUCUGUUUGACGCUUGUGAGAAGAGGAAGAAAACCCCUCCUUUACCUACUAUUUCCCCCCUUAAACCCACACGCAAGUCUGUCUGGGUCUCCCUCCGGCGCCUCGCUGCAGAAUUUGGGACAGAUUGUGUUUUCACUCCGUUGAUAUGCAAUCCAAGGCUCUGAUCUCGGGGAGAGAAACAACAGCGAGCUCUGCCAGUGUUUUUUCAACAUUCUGAAUCCUGAUACCGCCCUCUCUCUCCCUUUCUGGUUUAAUUCGAUGCUUCAUUGGCUUCAGAGUCAAAGAAAAUAGUUGCCAAAGUGUUUCCACCUCCUUUUCCUUUUUAUGCAACCUCAGUAUUAUUCCAGUGUGGUCAUGUUUUGUAUCCCAUGUUGCCACAGGAAACGACCCGCUUCCUUCCUUAAAAAGAACAAAAAAAAAAGCUCCUCCUGACAUGUUUGCACUAAACGUCCUGCUGUUACUGUGCACGGCAGGCCGAGCUGAGGGGGGGUCAGUGUGCAAGACUACUGUAGAUGUGUAGCCUUACUGUAGGUGUUUCCUCAGCGGUGUAUUUCGAUGUGCAUGCUCCUCUCUUUCUCUCUUUCUUUCUCUCUCUGCUUCAAGUCGCUCCGUGCCCGUGCUGUCUGUAAAGCGGCGUAGCCGGCUAGCCAUGUUUCUUCUUCUUCUCUCCUUUAUUUUUUAUUGUUGUGAUGUGUAGAGGAAUGCAAACUUAACCCCCAAAUUCCACAUACUCCGUCUGCGCAGCGAUCCACUUGUAAAGCACAGUGUGUUGCGAAUCGCUCCAUCUCUGAUCAAUCAAAGCGAUUCCAUUGCACACGCUCCGAUCUGUUUCGGGGGCGUUCCAAGAGUUCCGCUCCACUCGAGAUAUGCACCAGUUCUAGUCAGCACAGACUGCUUCAGCAGAGCCAUCCAAACCACUGGCAAAAAAAAACAUGCAAACCAUCCGGUUAACUUCAACAUACAACACAAUGCACAGACUCCCAUUGGUAUACAUCCCUUUAUCAACAUACUACAGCACGAUGGACGGAAAAAAGUCAACUUUUGUGGUGGAAAUAACAAACAUGAAACCAUACAGCCUUUGUAGAAAACAAGCCUUUUAACUUCCUUAUGUGCUCAACCGUAGCAGAGUAAAUGAAUAAUUGUCAGUGAAGGAAUAUUCAUUCACAGAAAGGCAAAAUAAUCUGUUUACAUUCUCUUCCCACAGGAACUCAUAGUUCUGUGAUAUUGUGAUCUCGAGUCUCCAGUAAAAUGAAAACAAAACUAAUCCUUAGCCUCCAAAGUUCAGAGCAGUGGUUCUCAACUGGUGGGUUGGGACCCAAAAAGAGGCUGCUGAGCCCCAAAAUAAAUCUUUUAAAAAUUGCAUUAUGUUUACUUUUUCUGGCCCCUUUGGGUCUCAACUCUGAUAUUUAAAAAAAUUUCAAUAGAAACUCAACUAAAACCAAGAAUUUUUGCUAAACAAAAACUAAACACGAUGAACAAACCA